AUGUCCGAGGAGAAGCCCAAGGAGGGAGUGAAGACAGAGAACGACCACAUCAACCUGAAAGUGGCUGGGCAAGAUGGCUCCGUGGUCCAGUUCAAGAUUAAGAGACACACCCCGCUGAGCAAGCUGAUGAAGGCCUACUGCGAGCGGCAGGGCUUGUCAAUGAGACAGAUUAGAUUCAGGUUCGAUGGGCAGCCAAUUAAUGAAGCAGACACCCCGGCCCAGUUGGAGAUGGAGGAUGAAGAUACCAUCGACGUGUUCCAGCAGCAAACAGGAGGCUCACGGGCGACUGGCUGCCUCUUGGGAUGUGGUCUGUAG